AUGUCGUCACCGAACAAUGCAUGGGUGACAUUGGCCACGAACGAUUCCUAUUCCUUGGGAGCAUUAGUCCUGGCGCAUUCGUUGAAAACCGUUGGAACUGUGUACAAGUUAGCCAUACUAAUUACACCCGGUGUAACGGCGCCUAUGAAACAACAAAUCGAAGCCGUAUUCGAUGAAGUCAAAGUAGUAGACGUAUUGGAUUCUAAGGAUCAAACACAUUUGGCCCUGAUGUGUCGCCCCGAACUCGGAGUGACUUUCACCAAACUUCAUUGCUGGACGUUUACCAAUUACGAUAAAUGCGUGUUCCUCGACGCAGACACAUUGGUGUUGCAAAACUGUGAUGAACUAUUUCAACGUGAAGAAUUAUCGGCUGCUCCGGAUCCAGGAUGGCCAGAUUGCUUCAACUCUGGUGUGUUUGUGUACAAACCUUCUCAGGACACAUUUGGCCAGUUAUUAGAAUUUGCAAGGACCAGAGGAUCUUUCGAUGGUGGAGACCAAGGACUGUUAAAUAUGUUUUUCAAAGAAUGGUCCAACACAGAUAUUUCAAAACAUUUAUCGUUUACCUAUAAUGUAGUUUGGUCGUCUACGUAUUCAUAUUUACCGGCACUAAAACAGUUUGGCCAAAAUAUGAAGAUCGUUCACUUUAUAUCUUCAAGUAAACCCUGGCUUCAGUCGUUUAAUACAGAAACUAGACUUGUAACGUCAAAACACGGAGGUUCUGGAUUACAAGAAUUAUUGCAACUUUGGUGGGAUUUGUUCUGUCGUCAUGUCCAUCCUGGACUUUCCACCGAAAUGGGUGGUUUGGCUGGACAAUUCGCCAGGGUUCCACUGGGUGAAAAAACCCCUGACCAAAAAGCAUUAGAAGAUUUUCUGCGACGUCAAUCUUGGGAACAAGGAAACAUGGAUUAUUUAGGCAGAGACAGCUUUUCUAAUAUAUGGUCUAAGAUCAAUGAAACACUUGGAAAUGCUCCAGAAGUUAGUAUUGAGGCUGUUGCAGUGACAACACCUACACCACCGGAAGUUGUGCAUACUGAAGAACCAAGGCCAUUGAAAUCUGCUUUGAAAAAAACGUCAACUACUAUUCCACCAGUGAGUUCUGAACUUGAAGUCGAUAGUAGUGAUCUGGCUAUUAAACAAUUGGAAAAGCUCGACCUAUCCAAAGAUAUUUUGAAAGAGUUGAAGACACCCGAUACUCCUACUGUUACUGCACCAACACCUCCAACCACACCAGCUACACAAGCUCAAGAAUCAGUAAAACCAGUGUCUGUCGAAUCUGUGAAAGAAACAAUCAAAUCUGAUGAUAUUAUUAAAGAGUCUCAACAGCCAGCAGAGUUAAAAUCGACAAAAUCAGAAUCCACAGAACUUGUACAAGAACUGCCAACAUCUGAAGCGUGUACUUUAAAAUCAGUAGAACAAGAAUUACCGAAACCGGAACUAGUGGAACCUGUAAAGGAAACACCGACUUCUGAUGCGAGUACAGAGUCGAAAGAGUCCUCAAAACUUGAAGAAAAUUCGCCUAAAUCCGAUUCACCAGCACCCAAAACGGAUGUGCCAGUGGAAAACGUAUCUCAACCUUCUGAAAUAGCUCAAGCCUCUCAAAUUUCUGUUGAUAAUUCCACACCGAUAGUCUCAAACGAUCCACCAGUAGCCCCGAAACGUACUAAUAAAGGAUCGCCAAGUGUGUCUAAAAACACUAAAUCUUCUGAGAAAAAAUAA